AUGAACCGUACAAAUUCUCCAUUAGAUGAAGCGUAUGCGACAUGCAGUGGAUUGGAUUUAACUUUAAAAGAUCAAUCUGUUUUGGAAUCCCAUGUACAAGCCUCAUCGACACCAAGACGAUUAAAUUAUAUCCCAUCAAAAACUCUUCACGAACAAAACGAUUAUUAUUGUUCAGAACAAUUUAACGCCGAAAAUAACUCUUUUAUCAUUAGUGAACAUAUAAACCAAGUUCAAAAAAGUAACGAGUCUCUAGAGAAUAAUAAACAACUUGAUCAACGACUUGGAUUUAACUAUAGUUCAGGAUCAUUUAACAGCAAAGGUUCAACUGUUUCUUGUUACCACUCGGUGCAAUCAAAUAAUUUGGACUAUAGUAAAGAAACUGCAAAUCCUGAUAAACUAAGUCCCCUUGACUUACGUAUUAAGUCAUUCUCGGAUGAUGUUAACUUGAUUAAUAACAGAGACAGUGGAUAUUUAGUUAUUACUACAGACACCAAAACAGAAUGUGAAAUAUCCACCCAUAUAUUCUUAUCUAAUCAGGCGAUACCUCAGACAAAGCGUUCAAAUAUUGAAAAACAAACGGGUAGCUCCUUUAACAUCCAGUCCAUACUAGGAGUAACAGAUCAAUUUAAAGUAUUUUCUGAAACUACCAGUAAUACAGAUAGUAAUACAAAUGAUGAUAACAUAAAAAAUAAUAAUAUAGAGAUAACAGAUCGAACAAAAACCUCAAAUUCUUUUUUCGAUCAGUUUCUAGUUGGUUAUUUGCAAGCAAUGAAUCCAUUACUACUGAGUUCACGUGGAAUUCAAAUACAGAGUGUAAUUACACCACAACCGGUGGACACUACUGUAACCAUACAGUCUACAACUUCAGUCUCGACGACACUCCCAUUAAAUGAAACAGGUACUGUGAAAUUCUCAGUUAAGCAGCGUGCAAAAAAGUUGAAUCCUACUACAUCAAUGUAUAGCAUAACUAACGGUAUGACCAAUAGACAAUUACACGUGAAAAAUAAUGAUCCCAUUCAUGGCAGUUUAAAACAAACGGAACGUAUUCAACAAUCAAUGAAGAAUGUUUACGAUUUGAGUGGUUCAUCGCUCUCGAGUGAAGAUGAUGUAAUAACCAGACAACGAGCCAAAACGUCUGACGUAGGAAAAACACCUGUUAUUCUUUAUUGCCCCGAACCAUCAGACAGCAAAACAAAAGUGAAGGCCAUGCUGGAACGGAAUGACCCGUGUUUAAAAUAUGUCAAUGAUGGAGCUGCUAUACGCAACCCAUUUGCUAUUGACCGAAAAAUUCAACUGGUCCAUUUAACUUCACUAUUAUUUGUACGCCCGUAUGUCUGUCCAGAAUGCGGACGAUCAUUUAGCCAGCGUUGUUCAUUAGAAGGUCAUCGACGCAAAAUACAUAGGAUUCAGUUGAAUUAUCCACCAAAUCAACGUCGUGAAAUAGUACGUGUUUGUGAAACCUGUGGUUAUUCAUGUCCUAAAUUAUAUGAUAUGUUACAGCAUACAUUAAAUAAUCACCCAAACAGUAACUGUUUACCAAGACUACAACGCCAAUUAAUAAGAUAUAAAGAAAAACUCCAGAGUACUUCACUUAGAUCAGAUGAUGACAACCGAUCUUCAAAUAUACGAGAUACGCUAGGAACAACUCGUAAUUGGUCUUGCAUAUCACCAUUUUCAAACAAUCAUAAUUUCACUUAA